ACUGUGGAGAAUGGCUCUGGCGCGUUGACUGACAUGGUGGAUGUAACUAGAAACCAAAAGAGGCUAAAGUUGACACCAUUAGGUGAUGAUUCUAGCGAAAGUAAAAGUAAUUUCUACAGUGGUGGUAACAGUGAGCGGAGUAAUAGCUUGAAUAGAUUGCCAAGGCUCCAAUUCCGGGAUCAUAUAUGGGCUUACACGCAGAGAUACUUGGCAAUUGAAGCGAUGGAGGAGGCAGCCUUAUCCAUGAUGGGAGCCGAGGAGAAGGAAAUGAAGGAGGAAGGAACUGGAGAUGGGAUGAGAUUAGUCCAACAACUCAUUGCCUGCGCCGAGGCUGUGGCUUGCCGUGACAAAGUACAUGCUUCAGCUUUACUAUCAGAAUUGAGAGCUAAUGCCCUUGUCUUUGGCACAUCUUUUCAGCGAGUGGCUUCUUGCUUUGUUCAAGGACUUUCUGAUCGCCUUGCUCAGGUUCAACCACUCGGAGCUGUAGGAGUCAUAGGCGCGGCAACGAAUUCAAACGCUGUUACAUCAGAGAAGGAGGAAGCCUUAAGCCUAGUUUAUGAAAUUUGCCCACAAAUCCAAUUCGGUCAUUUCAUCGCAAAUGCAUCGAUUUUGGAAGCCUUUGAGGGAGAGAGUUUAGUUCAUGUUGUGGACUUGGGCAUGACACUAGGCCUGCCCCAUGGCCACCAAUGGCGCAGUUUAAUGCACAGCCUCGUUAACCGUUCAGGCAAUAAUAAUAAACCCCCAAAUCGCUUGAGAAUAACCUGUGUUGGAAACAGCAUUGAACGUCUCCAAGAAAUUGGAAAAGAGUUAGAUAGCCAUGCUAAGAGCUUGAAUUUGAAGUUCGAGUUUUUAGUGGUGGAAAAGAGCCUUGAAACCCUGGAAGCUAAAGACGUCCGUGUGGAAGAAGGUGAAGUUCUGGUGAUCAACAGCAUUCUCCAAUUGCAUUGCGUGGUGAAAGAGAGCCGAGGUGCAUUAAACUCAGUUUUACAAAGAUUACACGAGCUAUCACCAAAGGUAUUCAUUUUAGUCGAGCAAGAUUCAAGCCAUAAUGGGCCAUUCUUUCUAGGGAGGUUCAUGGAGGCAUUGCAUUACUAUUCAGCUAUAUUCGAUUCACUAGAUGCAAUGUUACCCAAGUAUGACACGAGACGUGCCAAGAUGGAGCAGUUCUUUUUUGCAGAAGAGAUAAAGAACAUAGUAAGCUGCGAAGGGCCAGCUAGGGUGGAGAGGCACGAGAGAGUUGACCAAUGGCGCAGGCGAAUGAGUCGUGCUGGGUUUCAACCGGUGGCAAUCAAGAUGAUAAUGCAGGCCAAGCAGUGGCUGAGGAAAGUCAAGGUUUGUGAAGGCUUCACCGUUGUUGAAGAGAAAGGGUGCCUGGUUCUGGGGUGGAAAUCUAAGCCUAUCAUUGCAGUUUCUUGUUGGAAAUGCUCAUAACACAACUCCCUAAACAGAACAAUAAUAAGACUCACGUUCUGCAAUAACUGUAUGCUGCUACUGCAACUGGGUUCAGGAAAAACAAAUUUGAAUAAUGAAGAAUACUCUAAUAAGGAAGAGGGAGUUUCAGAAAGAUGAACAUUUUGACAUUC